AUGGAAGCUCUUUCUUGGAUCCUUAACAAAGCCAAGGAUAUUGGCGUUUUUAAAGGUAUUAACUUUUCUGAAGACGAACCGGAUUCGACUCAUCUUUUGUAUGCAGACGAUGCUCUCAUUUUGGGGGAAUGGACGUGCGAGAAUAUUAAGAGCAUUGCCCGGGUCCUUCGCAUUUUCUAUUUUUGCUCGGGUCUCCAGAUAAAUCUCCAUAAAUCAAAUAUUUAUGGUGUUUGUACGGAUGACUUGGAGGUGGACAAUAUGAUGGAAGUCUUAGGUUGUAAGCAUGGAGAUUUUCCCUUCACUUACCUUGGAAUCAAAGUCGGGGCUAAGAUGACGCGUAUUAUUAAUUGGGAGCCGGUUGUUGAUGUCAUCAAAGGGCGUUUAGCUUCUUGGAAAGCUAAACAUUUAUCGAUAGGGGGUCGUUUAAUUCUUAUCAUAUCAGUUCUUGAAAGCCUUCCCGUGUAUUAUUUUUCCUUGUACAAGGCCCCUAAAGCCGUGAUUGACUCUAUUGAGAUGUGUAUGAGGCGAUUCCUUUGGGCCGGUUCUUAUGUUGAGAAGAAAAUCUCUUGGGUUGCUUGGGAUAUUGUCACGUUACCAAAAAAAACAAGGAGGUUUGGGUAUUUCUAA